AUGCCGUCCAUCGCCGAGGAGCAUCCUCGGCUGAUGCUACCAGGCCGAAAGCGAAGACGAGACAACGAAACCGACCUGCAGAUACAGGGGCCUUUGUACGAGAAACUCGCCCAGUACUCAGCCAUCGCCUCGACGAACUGGAAAGCUGACGGCCCUUUUGGCAGGCCCAUUCAGCAGCAGCUGCAGCAGCAACAACUGCAGCAGCAGCAUCCAGACUUCUCCCCCCAAUUUCCCAGUAAUGGAAUCGUCUUCCAACACGGCAGCCUCGGCGACCAACAAUACCACAGCCUCGACGCCAUUCCUAGAAAGAUAGCGCCGCUGCCUGGUUCCAAGAGACAGCGCAUGUUCGACGAGGAAGACGAUAGCGCCGAGACGGCUGCAUGGGACACAGCAACAUCAUCGCAUAGGCAACGACGGAGCAAGUCGCCCUCAUCUCAACAAGCUGCCCGGGGGCACCAGGACCAGGCCGACACGGCCAACAAAUCAAGAACCCCGGCUUCGCUAAGCCCGUGCCACAUCUGCCAUCGACGGCCAACCAAGAAGUCGGACCUGGACUCCUUUGCGGACUGCGAGGGUUGUGGUCAACGGACGUGCUACGUGUGCAUCAGACAAUGCCAAGGCUGGAAGAAGGACGGCCGGCCUAGUGAUGGCGACGAAGUUGAGCAGGAGGAUAUGUCGAGGUCAUUCCACAUGGACGACGUUGACGACACACGACAACGACAGAGAAACGAGAGCGAGACUCGAAAUGGACAGGAGAAACGACAUGACGGCUGGACGGGCGGCGGGCACAGGACCAUGGUCUGCAGUCGGUGCUGUAUAGAGAAGGGCGCCGAGGGUGACGUCGCUUGUCUGGGUUGUCUGUCCCGGAUGGAAUCUGUUUAA